AUGACCAUGUCCGUUCAACAGGAAGAGCGAAUCAAGCCGAAGGCGAGUCGAGCGAAAGAAGGCGAGUCGAGGAGACCGGGAGAGACGAGGUGGAGUAGCGGGCGUAGCACAGUCGCUGACUGGAGAACCAGCAAUCAAACGCUGUUCCAUCUCUGCCGGCGUAUGCGAGUGUUGGCGCUCCCGACAAGCGACUUCCAGAAGGCCAGUGCCGACCUAGAUAGUGCAAGACGCGCCGUCCUCAGCGCGAUGUGA